AUGAUAUGUUCCCUGCUCAUCUUGGGCUGGAUCGCAGCCGAUGGCUCAACUGCCGUUUCCGUCGACGACUUCUCGGCCGGCGACGCUUGGUUGAACUCGAAUACCAACCAAGAAAAGUGGCAGAAGGCACUACUCCAGUCUGCGCAACUCAACCUCCCCGCCCCUCACAGCGUAGCCAUGAACCAAAUCUUCUUCAUCAGCUGCAAUCGGCAUGACCGCAGUCAGCUCUACUGGGCCUACAUGGCAGCUGCAGCACAGUGUGAGAUGCUGUCCUGGAAGAACGCCACGGCGGCGCCGUCUUGUCGGAGGCUCUACGCAGGUGUGUCCCCGUUGCUACGCACCGCCGGCACCACCACCUCUUCAGAGGGGCUGCACGGACGCACGACAGACACGGAUGAAGGAAAAUGGCAGGAGGUGGUUCCUAUCGGUGCAUGCGGCUCUGUGUACGACUCUCCCGCGGCAGCGGAGCAGCGUCAGCGAUACCGGCGAACCUCGCCGCCGCUCCUGCUGGUGGAUGAGACUCCGCCCCCGCUUCACCGCGACACCGACCCUGGGCAGUGCUUUCGUGCUGCACCACGUGACGCCGUCUACUCAACCGGUGUUCCGGUGGACGCCUUGAUCUGGCUAGGGGACAUCAUCUACGCCGACAAGUUUCCGGACGGCAGGGACAAGCAGUCGUUCCUGUCCCACCACGUCAAUACAAUGGUAACCAUAGGGCAAUUCUGGCGAAUCCAGCGCGACGCGCCGGAGUACAACGCCUUCAUCGACAGCUGCGUCGGAGGUGGUGACCAUCUGGACUGGACCCUGGACUCACCUGGGGAAGUGUUUCUGCCCGCACUCGCGGACAAUCGCGAGCGAGUUAUGCAACUCACCCCAUCGACCUCCUCCGGCACUCAUCGAAACGUGUGGGCCACCUGGGAUGACCACGAUAUGGGCGAGAACGAUGGUGGACGAGAGUACACCGGCCGUAACAGCACGCAGCGCUUCUUUCUGAACUUCAUGCGAGCCCCCUCAAGUGACCCACGUUGGCAUCGCGAGGGCGUAUAUGGUGCAUACGCGACCGACUUUCGCGACGUCGUAGAUGACGCCAAGGGGUGGGGAACUCCGAUGCGGCUCCUGAUGCAGCAGCUUUAUGAGCAUGCCAUCUGCGUUGUCCUCCUCGACGUUCGCUCGUUCCGCGACCGCCCGGACGCGACCCAGACCGGCGACAUGCUCGGCGCUGAGCAGUGGGAGUGGUUCGAAGACCUCCUGCAGAACUACUCGACACUGACGCGAGACGGGCGAGAGCGCUGUGCUAUGGUCCUCAUAGGGGGUGGCAUUCAGUUCAUCCUGGAUGAGAAGCCCGCGGAAAACUGGGCAGCCUUCCCCCGUUCUCGGGACCGCCUCCUCGGACUACUGCAAGCCUACCGGGUCGAGCGCGUGGCCUUCAUCACCGGCGACGUGCACAUGGGUGAGCUGGGUGCCGACUUCACCAAGCACGCCAUUGAGGAAGUUCUGGGGUAUCCAAUAGUGGAGGCCACGAGCUCGGGGUUGACACACAGUGCGAGCAUGUACUUUCUCCCCACAUUAGUCCCACUGCUCUUCCCCACUCCACGGCGUCUCGGUCUCUAUAUAGGGACGAAUUUUGGUGCGUUGAGGCUCUCCCUGGACCUGCGUCACCUGCCUUUGAUUCACUCGUAUCUGACAGAGAUGGAGGCGACGAUGGCGGCGGCACGCUUUCGGACACCACAGUGGCGCCGCGAAGUCCGCGCUGCCGUUGAGCAAGCCGUUAAUGCUACCUUCACCAUCUUCUCCAUCUCAAAAGGCGGCCAACCAGUGCACCGGCUGAACUUCCCUCUCUCUAUGCUCACCUACGCGCACGGUGUAGCGUACCGCGACGCCACAGUAGAGGCGGUGCAUGGGAUUGUGCACAAGAAGCCGACGUCAUCCCCAGUGACGCCGGAAACGAACGGCGGCAACAAGGCAGCGAAGGACGACACGGAAGCCACACCGUCGUCGCCGCUGAGGGCGCUUCUCCUGCUGAAAAACGGUACCAUUACAGACAUCGCCCACUACCGCAACACCAAGCCCGCACCACUCAUAACGUGGUCGGCGCGCCAGCUGCAGUUCUACGUCCUCACCGCCUUCUCCGUCUCCGAGACGCUGAAGCUGAUGAUCCUGCUCGAGUUCUUGGCCGGUACUUUGGCGCUCAUGGUGUUAAUGGCCAAGCUAUGGCGGCACUUGCGACGGCCGCGAAACACCCGCGGUAGAUUGCAUCACUCCAACGUAGCAUCCUCGCCCCACGCGUCCCUCGUGAUGUGGUGUUCGACGAAGAAGGUGGAUAACUAA